UCAAGUGACCCAAAAUACUUGUUUUUUCCACCACUAAUGAUUUUAUUAUUGAUCAAAGAAUUAAGAAUUGUGACUGAUAGACGAUUCCAUUCUACAGUUGAAAUUUUCUUCUUUUUACCAGAAAUAUUGAUGUUAAUUCUGGACUUUUUGGAUAUUUUUCAGGAUCUAGUCAUGGACAUCCUGAGAGUAUUAAGCACACCAGAUUUAGAAGUACGCAAGAAGACUCUGCAGUUAGCACUGGAUCUUGUCUCUUCUAGGAAUGUUGAAGAGCUGGUUAUUGUCCUAAAGAAGGAGGUGAUUAAAACAAAUAAUGUGUCUGAGCAUGAAGAUACUGACAAAUACAGACAACUCCUUGUGCGAACAUUGCAUUCUUGCUCUGUCCGAUUUCCAGAUAUGGCUGCAAAUGUUAUCCCUGUGUUAAUGGAAUUUCUCAGUGACAGUAAUGAAGCAGCAGCUGCUGAUGUCUUGGAGUUUGUUCGUGAAGCCAUUCAACGCUUUGAUAACCUGAGGAUGCUUAUUGUUGAGAAGAUGCUAGAAGUCUUUCAUGCUAUCAAAUCUGUCAAGAUUUACCGCGGAGCAUUGUGGAUUCUGGGAGAAUACUGUAGUACCAAGGAAGAUAUUCAGAGUGUGAUGACUGAGGUCCGCAGGUCUCUGGGGGAGAUCCCAAUUGUAGAGUCCGAAAUAAAGAAAGAAGCUGGUGAAUUAAAACCUGAAGAAGAAAUAACUGUGGGGCCAGUUCAGAAAUUGGUAACUGAGAUGGGUACCUAUGCAACUCAGAGUGCCCUUAGCAGUUCUAGACCCACCAAGAAAGAGGAAGAAAGACCUCCUCUGAGAGGAUUUCUUCUGGAUGGAGAUUUCUUUGUUGCUGCCUCCCUUGCUACAACCCUGACCAAAAUUGCCUUGCGCUAUGUGGCUUUGGUUCAGGAAAAGAAAAAGCAAAAUUCUUUUGUUGCUGAGGCUAUGCUGCUCAUGGCCACUAUCCUUCAUUUGGGAAAAUCCUCUCUCCCUAAGAAGCCAAUUACAGAUGAUGAUGUAGAUCGAAUUUCCCUGUGUCUCAAGGUCUUGUCAGAAUGUUCACCUUUAAUGAAUGACAUUUUCAAUAAGGAAUGCAGACAAUCGCUUUCUCACAUGUUAUCCGCUAAACUUGAAGAAGAAAAAUUAUCCCAAAAGAAAGAAUCUGAAAAGAGGAAUGUGACAGUACAGCCUGAUGACCCUAUUUCCUUCAUGCAACUAACUGCUAAGAAUGAAAUGAACUGCAAAGAAGAUCAGUUUCAGCUGAGUUUGCUGGCAGCGAUGGGUAAUACACAGAGGAAAGAGGCAGCAGAUCCCCUAGCAUCUAAACUAAACAGGUAACAAAAU